CGCGUUUUUGGAGAAUCGCGCGCGUUUCUCGUGCGUUUUCUGCCGUUUUAGUCGAAGUGAUUUCUCAUUGAUUUUGCGCACGUAAUUAGAACAAACGGAUUGGCCGUUAAUUGCAGCUGACAGUAAUUGCUGUGCAUGCCGCAUACCAGCAUCGAACUGCACUUGCAACCGCGUUGCACUGUCUCGUUAAUGUGUCAAUUGAUUUGUGAUUGUGAUUGACGCGUGUGCUGAGCCAUUGCCCAAGAAAGGGGUGUGGGCCAUGUGCUAAUUGGCAACAGCAACAUCAACAACAGUUCCCAUUUUAACCAAAUAUGUCCAAGUUGCUCUCGAAGAAGCACUGGUGGAAAAAGUGCCUGCCACACCACAGUGCACAACAAGAUGCGGCGAAAAACUAUCGCGAAGUCAUCAUGCACAGCGAAUGCGCCUCCAUCUUGGCCAUCACCGACAUCAGCAGCAGCAGCACCACCAGCAGCAGCGGCAGCCCCAGCAGCAACAGUCUCAGCUGCGACAGUGCCUCAAAGAGCUCGCAGCCGGAUGCGGGCAAGUUGUUUCCACGCAACAUGCCCAGCAUACGACGCAGUCGUCGCCGUUCCGCCUCUGGGGAACGCAAGGACGCAGCAGCAGCUCCUCCUCCUCCUCCUCCUCCCGUGGCUGUCCCGGCCAAGCUGCCGCAGCGCAGUGGCCAUCAGUCGCGUCUGUCGACGGUGACCAAAUUGACGCCGCGCAAAAUGAAGGCGAGUUGCUCCAAGAAUCGCACCUUGCCCAUCAGCAGCUCCAGCUCGCCACGAUGUGCUGCCGUAGUCAAGGCAGCGGUAAAGACCAAAACGAAGCCAAAGCAACUUACGCUUGCGCCCUACGACAUUGCGCUGGAGCUGCCGGCACAGACGAGCUUGGAGGAACCUGCUCCCAGUCUGGCCAUGGCGCUGCACUCGCAGCAGUCGAGUCUGAUCAGCAGCGAUCUUUCCAGUCUCAGUUGCAGUCCGCCGGCCAAGAGGCAGCAGGAGGAGCAUUUCCAUUCAUCGGGCAUCUCGUGCAACGGCGAGACGGACGAUGAUGUCGAGGUGGCGAUGCUCACGGGCAGCCUCAGUGCGUCGCAGUUGCAACGCAUGCAACAGCAACAGCAGCAUAGACAAAGCAUGCCACAUGCCUCACAGUUGUUGCCACUGAAUGCGUUGCGUAGUCUGAAUGUUUGCCGGAAUCGAAGUGCAGUUUGGCUACACAAUGCGGAUACGGAGCAGCUGCUGCGACGGAGUACGGAAUCGCAAUUGGAGAUUGCAGGAGUCGGUGGCUACGUGAAUGCGGCCAUUUCUGAUGAUAUACAAUUAAGCGAUAUUGAAGAACAAUUGGCCAAGUUUGAUGGCCACUCAAAGGUGCCGCAACAGCAAUUGGAACGAGAACGAGAACGCGAGCAACAACAUUGCAAAGCUGCCAAAACCAUCCAGCCAGACAGCAAGUACAAGCCCACUCCAGCUCCCCGCACCGGCACCGGCACCACAAAUCCCAGUUGCAGCACCUCAACCGCACAACACCGCAAGAUGCAACAGCCCGGCAGCAGUUACUACACGCAAACGGAAAGUGAGCUGUUGCAACUAGAGGCUGGCGGUGGUGCGCCCUUUCCGCCCCAUCGUGGGGAUCAAACGCUGCUCGCAUCCACAUCACAGCAGCAGCAGCAACAGCAGCAGCAACAAUCUGGUAGCAAUAGCCAGGCGACAGUUGCAACAGCCACAUGCAACAAUUUGGAUGCACCAUCGACGGCCAGCAGCAGCGGGACGCCAGCGCAUUUUGUAUCGCCGCUGCAACGACGCCAUUGCCAACCGCCAAAUCAUUUGCCACUGAACUCGGUGGUGGCAUCGCCGCUGCGCACCGCCAGCUACAAAUCGGCGGCAGCCACAGCCAGUGUCUAUCAUCAUAGCCACCAUCAGCAGUUGGACUUUCAGCGCAACUCGCAGUCGGACGAUGACAGCGGCUGUGCGCUGGAGGAGUACACAUGGGUGCCGCCAGGUCUGCGGCCAGAUCAGGUUCGCUUGUACUUCAGCCAGUUGCCGGACGACAAAGUGCCCUACGUCAACAGUCCUGGGGAGAAGUAUCGCGUGAAACAAUUGCUGCACCAGCUGCCGCCGCAAGAUAACGAAGUGCGCUAUUGCCACUCGCUGAGCGACGAGGAACGCAAGGAGCUGCGCAUCUUCUCGGCCCAAAGGAAACGCGAGGCUCUGGGACGUGGUGCGGUGCGAUUGCUGUCCGAUGAAAGGCCCUGCAAGGGGUGCGAGGAGCAACUAUCCGGUGGUGACAUUGUGGUCUUUGCCCAGCGACUAGGCGCCCAGUUGUGCUGGCAUCCCGGCUGCUUUGUGUGCAGCGUGUGCAAGGAGCUGCUCGUCGACUUGAUAUACUUUCAGCGCGAUGGCAAUCUCUACUGUGGCCGCCAUCAUGCCGAGACCCAGAAGCCGCGUUGCUCCGCAUGCGAUGAGAUUAUCUUCUCGGAUGAGUGCACGGAGGCCGAAGGUCGCACCUGGCACAUGAAGCACUUCGCCUGCCAGGAGUGCGAGCAUCAGCUGGGCGGCCAGCGCUACAUCAUGCGGGAUGGCAAACCCUAUUGCCUGGGCUGCUUUGACACCAUGUUCGCCGAGUACUGUGACUACUGUGGCGAGGUCAUUGGCGUCGAUCAAGGUCAGAUGAGUCACGACGGUCAGCACUGGCAUGCGACGGACCAGUGCUUCUCCUGUUGCACGUGUCGCUGCUCGCUGUUGGGUCGUCCAUUCCUGCCACGCCGUGGCACCAUCUAUUGUUCGAUUGCCUGCAGCAAGGGAGAGCCGCCAACGCCAUCGGACACCAGUUCGGGGCCACAGCUGCGGCCCACGCAUCGCGCCUCCACAUCCAGUCAGAUAGCACGCUCACCCAGGCGCACGGCGGAUUCGACGGGGCGUGGCACGGCGGGCAAGAGCAGCAGUCAUGGUAACCAUGGUCAUGCCUAUACGGGUCAUGGGGGCAAGAGUGCGGGCAGCGCCGGCGAUUUGCUAGAGCGACAGGAGCGCAAGCGAAUGGAGGCUGCAGGUGUGGCUGAUCUGCUGUUGGGUGGCGGUGUGCCAGGCAUGCCACGGCCCGCCCAUCCGCCGCCCAUUGACCUCACCGAGCUGGGCAUUAGUCUGGACAACAUUUGUGCCGGCGACAAGUCGAUCUUUGGCGAUGCACAGCUGACGUCGUCAAUGCCAGACAUGUUGCUGUCAAAGGCGGAGGAUUCGCAUAGCUAUCAGAGCAUCGACAAGAUAAAUCUCAACUCGCCCAGCAACUCUGACAUGACGCAGAGCACCCAGGAACUGGCCAACGAACUGGAGCUGGACAACGAGUCGGUGCGAGAGCAGGAGCUGCCACACGAUGGUUACGAGCAGCUGUUUGCCGCCAAGCAUCGCAGCAAUCGCAACAACUGCAACGAAGAGCCCGAUGAGGAGCAUCAGGAGCAGUUGGACAAUCGACCGCCGCUGAAGGAGGUGCGCUUCCACAGCGUUCAGGAUACGAUGUCGCGAUCAAAGAGCUACACGGACAACUCGAAUGCACGACGUCGUCGCCGUCGCCGCAAUCAGUCGCGCAGCUCCUCGGAGAUGCAAAUCAAUCAGACUAAUCUGCGACUGCACAAUGCUCAGACACAGGCUGGCAGUGGAGCACUCAAUCUGCUAAACAAUCUGGAUAAUUGUGAUGUGGCCAGCAUCUGUUCCACCUGCUCGUCGAGCUCUUCGAGCGACAUGGAUGAUUAUGUCUAUAGGCUGCCAGCUCGCAAGCACUAUGGAGGUGUGAGGGUCGCCUAUGUGCCCAACGAUGCACUCGCCUAUGAACGCAAGAAGAAACAGGCUCAGGCCAGCGAUGCCACAAUGCUGGGCUCGGGAGCUGGCAGCGGAUUGGGGGCACCAGCUGGGGGAAUGCCGGCAAUUAUGCACGAGAGCAAGAACUGCACCAUAUCAUGACCACCUCCCAUGUUGCCGCCACCGCCGCUGAAUCUCAGCAGCUAUUACAUCCUGGACACCAUACUGGAGGAACAGAGUCUCAGUCUGUUGCCCGAAAAGAAACCCGGUUGCCUGAGGCGUGUGUGGAAUUUCUUUGGCCUCGGAAAAUCGCGUGCUGGCAACGGACAGCGACUGUACACUGUCUAAAAAAAAAAGGGGAAGCAAAUCAGAAGUCGACUUAUCGUUUGCAUAAUGUAAAUAAACACAUAUCGAAUAUAAUGUAUUAUAGAGUGGGGUAACUAUAGCGUGAGUUUACUGUAUAUUCCCUUGGUCUUUUUAAUUGUUUCCUACUUGGUUCAAAUGUCGUAAGUCACAAGUAUUCCAACAUAUGAGGUAGAAAGUCUCGACUUCUACCAGAAAUUUGUACAAAGCAAAAACAUAUAUCAAUGAUGCAUUUACAUACAAUAUUAAACUUUAUAUACUAUAUACCCUAUGAUUAUACAAAUAUUAAAUGAUUAAGUAUUGUAGUUGUUAAGCUAAGAAUCUGCCACUUUUUAACGCAAAAACAAAAAACAAGAAACGCAAUCAACGAACAAUAAUCGAAUUGAUAAACAAAUGAGUUAAAGCUAAAAUGAAAACAACAACAAACUGCCAACAAAAGAAUUUGUAAAUGUCCAAGAAAUUAUUAAGAAACCAACGAAAAAAGAGAGCGAAAGUCUUCGCUUCGCAAAUGUGCAAUAACUUUUAUCUAACAUAUAUAGUAUAAAUACACACAGAACGAACUUCCAAAAACUGUCACCCAGUUACAAUUUACAUAGAUAAAUAUAUAUAUGUAUAGAUCACAAAUCUAUAUUCAAAGUAAAAAAAGAUAUCUUUUCGGUUUGUUUUGCGGUUUCUUUUUUCGUUUGUUGAGCAGCUUUUGCAGAGAGGUUCUUUUGUUUUUCGGAUUUAUGUAAUUUUCAGCUUUCGCCAAGCGUGAAAGUGAAAGAGUUAUAUAAAGGCAUGUGUCAAGAAUGUUUUGAAAGUUUUGUAAUAAAAUUUAUUGCUCGAAAACACAGCGCACUAAAAAUGAGAUUUUGUGUUGAAAGUUUUGCUUAAGCCUAUAACAAAUACGAAGUUUACGAUGUUUUGAGCAAUGCAUGGAACGCAUACAUAUGAUGACUU